GUCUAGCUUACCUUGGUGGGUGGCUUUACUGGAGAAGGGGAUUUGUGGGGUGGGAAGCUAAUUUUGCCUCCUAGUCUUUCCUAAACGGGCUAUUAAAAGUGUUUAAUAACCUCAUCUUUUCAAGGCCCAUUGUUUUUGCAGUGAUGUAGAGAAAGGAGGGCUUCUGAAGGGCCAUUCCCCACCUCCCAGAGACGUUUGCCUCUUGGGCCUCUUAGCGACCUCUCCCUCUUCUGUCCUGAAAACAAAUGCCCAAUUUAUCCAGAAUCUGGACCCCAAGCGGACACGGAAGGCCCGGCCCUGCAGGGACCUUUGGAUCACCCACCACCCUGUGUAGCCGCCCUGAAGGGGACCGGCAUCAAUUAUGCAAAUGAGUUCACAGACUUUGCCGAUUACUUCAUUUGCCGCUAUUGUUUGUGGAAAUUUAAUUAUUAAAUAUUAUUAAGCUUGCGUUUUCUUCAAUUUUCCAAGGCUUAGUUUCAUUUGAUUUUUCCUCCAGCUGCUCGUCGCUCCUUUCGGUGCCAAAACAGUUCCUCAUCAAAGCGGCUCUGGCAUGUGAAGACCAAAUAAAAUCUCCUCAAUUUAAUAAUUUUGAUGUUAGUCCCUUGUUCUCAGCUGCUUGCUCAAAGCGAUGCAGAGAGGAACGCAGAGCACAUUCAGUUUAAUGAGCAGAAAUUGAAUUCAAGUUUGUUCGGAAUUGACUUCAAUUAAGCAGAGUCUUAAUGAUAAAUUAAUCUCUUUUCUUUAUUCCCUAGAAUUUGUUUUUCAAAGUAGGAAAUUGGACUACAUUGAAAGACCAAAUAAAGAAUACCAAUUUUAACUAGAUCACGGAGCUGAUAGCAAAAUUUAAUUCUUUAUAGUAAGGUGCUUGGACAAAUAGCAUUCUUUCUGUGGCGUGUAUUAUAAUUUAUAUUCAUUGUUACCACUUACACAUCCGUGGCAUGGAUAAAAUGGCAGUUGAAUUAAAUAUAGGCUUGUAAUAGACUUCAGAGUUUUAAUCUUUAUUAAGAAACUCUAAUUGAAUGCAUAAUUAGCUUUUCAGGCAUUGGGAAAUUUGGUUUAAUAUCUGGGUGAACUGAAAGCAUUGAUCAGGAAUUUUAAGGCAAUUCUUUCGAGUGAAUUUUUUUUUGAAGAGAAAUGAUCAGGCCAUAUUUAAAACGGCAUUUUAAAACUGAAUGGCAAGAAGUGGAGGGGCAAGGAGAGAGGUUCAUCCUGUGUUGUUAGGGACAGGCCGCCAGGGCUUCCUUGGAACCAGAGCCAAUGCUGGCAAUUUCAAGUUCCUUUUAUUAAAAUCUCUAAUGUUCCUUCAGGCCACCAAAUCCAUUAUCCCUGUGCAGUACCCCCUGAACAUCAAACUCACAGGCUUGGGGAUUUUAAUGAGGACAUCCAUAUUGAUUGUUUUUUUUUACACUUGUUUGGGUUCACUGCCACUGUCAAAAAUGUACCUGACUCUUUUUUUUUCCAACCUGAAUCAUGGAUCAUCUUUUUUUUUUUUUUUUGAACAUGUGGAGAAUAAUUCUCCAUGCUCCAGCCCGCAAAGUGCUCUAUCUACAUAUGCCAAAUGCUAUUAUUGCAGCUCCUUCAGGAGUGACCUUAAGAGAGGGGUUGUUGGUUCCAAAGAACUUCAAGCUGUUCACUGUGGUCUAUUCAUGUUCACACAUUUAAAAUACACCAGCGAUGGGAAAUACAUUCAGGCUGUGUACUGUGUCACAGAGCCCACAGGUUCCCUCUCCCUGCCUCCUGCUCCUUCCAAACAUUCAUUUUAUUACUCUCAGGCACUCAGAUACAGUGCGUGCAAAUUCGACUUGGGUGUGAAUUUUAAAUGGCAUGUGACAGGGUUCUCUGCGUUGUGUGACAGUACCAUGCUGUUACUUCCAAUGCUGUCCAGACUCUACCUGCCCUAUGUAAGAAUUAAAGAUUUAUAUAAUAAUAGAAUUUUAAAACGGAGAGGCCUCUUAAAAAAUCACCUAGCCCAUCGCCUAUGUUUUAUAGAUGAGGAAACUGAGUCCCAUAAAUGUUAUACAAUUUUUCCCAAGGCCACAGAUUCAGCUAGAGGCAGGGUCAGAACAAAAAUUUGCAGAAAGGUUAACUUCUAGACCAAAGACUCCACAUACACUUUUCAACGCUGCUUAUAAGUUGUAUAGUGACAGCUUUGAGUAAAUGGAAACUAGCUUUAAAAGGACAGGAAUUAAUUUAUUGUCUUGUUCAAACUGGGAAAUAUAUUGAUUAAAGUGCAUAAAAGCACACACAAAUGCAGUAAGCUUAUUUAUCUGGGACUUAGACAGUUGGGGAGCCUAAAUAAUGGGGUUGUUUUGUGCUGUGCUUUAGUGAGAGAGAAACAAAUGAAAAGUUAAUAGGCUAGUAUGAGGUUUUUGUUUUUGUUUUUUAAGCAAAGGGAAAAAAUGUGGCACUGUAGGCUCUAUAUGUACUGAGUCCUGUGUUUUAGAGUAGGGUUUGGCAACAUUUUAGGUAUAGUCUACCCAAAAAUUUUAAUUCCAUCUCUUAUGAAAUGGUGGUACCCCAGCCAUCCCUCAUUGGGUUGCAAUCAUUUAUUUUGUUCAGCCUGACUACUGGGCAGUUCGCCAGAUUUAGAAAAUGGGAGAAUGAUAAGUCUAGGAAGGGGGUCACAAUCAAACGAGUUGUGAGACGAGAAAGGAGUGAAUAAUUAUUAGUGUGAGUGCGGGGCAGAGACCAGGCUGCUAUGGUAGAGAGCUGUGCCUGUGGACAAGCUCUCCUGCUGAUGUGCUGUUUGAUGGGCAGACACAGGGAGGUUUUACAAGGUGGAGAGAAAGCAGGAGCAUGGUAAGGCACUGCAAGGUAGAAUGAGCUUGGCUGAUGAUUUGAGGAGGAGUUCUAGGGAGCUGAACUGCAAAACCAGGCUUGGGACCAUUUUUGUACAAGGUUAAGGGUGGCAUUUACCUUUGUUAUCUAGGGUUGGGGCAGAUGUUUAAGCAACUCUAACAAUCAUGCAGAUAUUCCUGGGAUGGUUUGCUCAUCUUCAUUUCUUGUUAACUAGUAUCUUAGAACUUCAAAGGUGUAUAGUUACAGUGUAUCAACGGUGUAUAGUUACAGUGUAAAUCAAGCUAGAGGGACUUGGAAGAUAGCCAGGGAACAGCUAUAGGAAUAGGAAAUAGGAAUAGAAUAGGAAGUGAGAAGAGGAAAGAGGAAACACCAGGCACUGGUGAGGGUAGGAGGCAGGUACAUGUGAUGUAUGUCUCAUUUACGCUUGCCUAUGGUCCAAGGUUGUUCUCUUCCGUCAACUCCACACCCUGGGCUGUUGGAAAUCACCUCUGUGUCUUCUGUUCUCACAGAAUGGCUAGAAUCUCACAACUUCUGCCAUGGCAAUACUGUAGAGUGAGCAUUAGUGCUAUGGAUGUUUGUAAGGGUGGUUCAGAGAAUUCAGAACCUCACUAAGUCAAGGCAGAUAAAAAUCUCAGGUUACAUUGUGUUAGAGGAUUGUACCAAACUUAGGUGAGUCUGUUUUGGAUUUCUGGGAAACAGAAUAACUCAGUUAACUAUAUAUACCACAGCAUCACAGUGGACUGAAUUUCCUCUUGAUUUCAAACCAAUCAGCUGCCGAGUCCAACCCCUUAUUUGAUGACUUAUAAAACUGCUUUUGAUUUUCUGUGCCAUAAAAGUAACAUGAAUAUAAAAAUAGCAUGAAAAAGCAUUUCAGAUAAAAACCAAUAAUAGUUUCUUUUAAAUUUAGGAUUUAAAAUUCAGGCCAAAUUACAUAACUCCAAUGAUGAAAAUGGAGAAAGUCCAAGGGAUCCAAACAAGCAUUGCAAUAUAAAUGAUGAUGCUGUAGACAGAACAUUCUGUUUACUGCUCACAGCCCACAGUUCAGAGAGACACUGAGUUAAGGAUGGCUCAAACUUAAGCUGCAGGUGAAAGCUGGAUCUUCCCUUCCACACCUGUCACCUUAAGCUGAGUGAAAACAUGAGUUCAGAAGGUUUCGACGUCUGCGUGAAGAGUGUCUGCUGCUGAGGUUAUUCACCUUUGAGAUGGUCCGUCAAUCAGGUGCAGUGUCAGGGGCUCAGCAGAUGGAUGUUCGAGGACACAGAAGACACAUUCCCUCACUGUCUCUCUCUUCAGAAAUUCAACCAUUGUCUUACCAGGCUUGACCAGUAUACAUUUUCUGCUUCAUUUAGCAACUUAAUAAACCCAAACCAGCCUACUGGG